CAUCAGGGGGGGGCGGCCAACAACUUGUGCACUUUGUAGCGGUUUGUUUGCGCCACUCGGUUUUUUCUCUCCCAUUAGCACAGUAUUAUUUUGUAUUAUUUUAGUAUUAUUAUGCACCACAAUGCCCGAGCUCAAUCAUAAGUGCUCGUCUUGUCUGCUGCAACAAACAGAACGCCGCCUAAGUUACCUAGUGUUUCCUUUUUCCUUUUUUUUCUUUUGCUUUUUCUCUUCUUUCCUCCUCGGUGGGCACUGGGCGGAGGGGGGUGGAGUAUUUAUGACUUUACGCCCUGUAACGCACUGUAAUUUGUAGGUGUAAUAGUGGUAAUAGUCACAGUUCCGAGUUCCCGCGCCGCGCCCUUUGUCUGCUUUCCCCCCUCCCCCCCUUAUUAUUCUUAUACGCCCUGCUUCCAUAGUUCUCUUGUUUCCACCCACUGCCGGCUCCUGUUUCCACCACCCCCCCCGUCCCCCCGUUCCUCCCUCCCUUUUCUCCUCCUCCUCCUCCUCUCCUCUGCUCUGCUCUCCUCUCCUCUCCUCUCCUCCGGACAGUCUGAUUUCCACUUCGCCUCAACUCCAACUUCAUCUUCAUCUUCAAUCCUCAACUUUAUCCACUUUACUCCCCCCAAUCCUCUUAUCUCCUCACUUUCUACCCCGUUCCCCCCCGCUUGUUCCUCUGCAGCUUUGAGGUUGCGGCUAAUUUCCCCCUACACGGUUCCAUUCCCCCAGCUCGUGAACGACUCAGAUAGAUAAUCUGAUUUUUGCCCAUUCAACAACCCUUUCUCUUGCGACUGUGCCUUUGCGUCUAGUCUGCUGCUGCCUCUGUCUGGAAUCUAUUCAUCUUGAUUUUUCUUGUUCGAUUUUGUCUCUUUUUUACGCCUUGUCGCGCCCCUACUCAGGAGGCCUCCUCUCACCUUCUACACCCCGCCCCGUUUGGCCAGCCCUCUUUAAGCGUAGUGCGCAAAUUCAGAUACAUAUCUCCAUCUACUUCACAUUCGGGAAGCUGGGUGAAGAGAAUUUGUCUUGAUUCCAUAGUCGGCAUUUCCCCGUCGCAAUGGAGUCAAGAACAAUGCCACCAGAGCCAGGCAACAAACGUCCCAGAUCCCCAUCGGGCGACUAUACCCAUUCGACUCCCUCCACCAAAGUCCCCAAAACCCACUCCAACCAUCUCCAAAUCAACUACCUCGCCCGCCAAUACGCCCAUAAUAUUCCCCUCGUCUCUGCAGAAGAUACUCUCCCCUCCAUCCUCCGUAUAAUAAACGACUACGACGGCGUACUCCAGCGUCACGAGAGCAUUGCUGGAAACCUAGGCGCAUGUCCCCUCGGCCCAAUCCUCGUCUCUCGUUUCGAACGUCUCUUCGACGGGCCCCCCAAGGUGCUAAAAUCUCAUGGGAAAGAAGGGACAACGGUCUCCUGGCUCGAUGUUGUCGAGUUUGCGAAAAACAAACCGGAGCAAUUCACUCUUGAAAAGACGCGAAAUGGAGUACCUGUUUGCCAGAUAUAUACCAAGCAGAGUCGCAUAGAAAUUUCAGAGGAGGACUACAUCCUGAUCAAGUCGGGGAUUCCUCAGAAGAUUAUCCCCCCGCAGCCAAUCGUGGAGGAUGAGGAGAAGGAAUUGGGCGCGUUAGAAAUUUUAGAAAAGAAUCUGGGGCAGAUUAUUAAUCUGGCUGAUCAAGUGUCGGCUCGUGCCAGACAGCUGAACCACAGAUUCAAAAAUCGCAAGAGUGCUAUUGUGAGCAGGAGAGAAAAUGAUUUAUCACUCACUGCACGACAACCGCGGUCUAUUAGUCCACUCCGCGAAGCCAAUGGCAAUGGAAUGGGUACCGCCCAUACAAGCAACGGCCAUUCGAGCCCUCACUCCCCUCAGGGCUUCAUCGCGGUUAAUUCUUCUUCUCGACACGAACACUCCCCCGAUGACGCCAGUAUCCUCUCCGCAGCGCAAUUCAUGUUCCCUCAUUCCAGCACAGACAACGUCACCAUAAUCAACGGGACCUCGAUUAAGGGAGCCUCCCCUGCUACACGUGCAGAAUUAAUGAAAAAAUUCUUCACCACAGCCGAUCGCCAUGCGCGGGGCUACCAAAAUGAUGAAGUUAUAGAAGGUCCUGCCCCGCCCGCGCGCCACGCUUCCCGCUCUCGACCCCGCGCCUCCGACCCCGGCGAGUAUGGAGGAGGCUUCGCAGGAAGCGGACCUGUGGCCAUCCCCAAUACCCCAUCUUCCCUCCUCCCUCAACCAAAGUCCUCCAACCACUACGAGCGUGACGACGGCGGGCCCUACAAGAUCGAAAUGGUAAGCCGCAUGGAAGGCCUCCAGCGCGGCGAACGCAUCCUCCCCCCCUGCGACCGCUGUCGCCGUCUACAGAUGGACUGCCACAAGAACCUUACCGCCUGCAUGGGCUGUACGAAGAAACACGCCAAGUGCUCGUGGAAGGAAGUUAAAAUCGAGGAGCUGCACGAGACGUACCUGGCUCGUCCUCAAAGUAGUAUAGACGGUGGCAAUGGCAAUAUGCAUGAUGGAACGAUGCCGACAAUAGAAACGGAGGCGGAAACAUCAGCGUCUGCAUCGACGACGGAACUUGGUAAGAGUCAGCGGGGCAAUAGGACGCCGAAUGUCGGUGGUAUCAACGCUGACGCGGGCUCAACCGCCGGAACCGACCAGGGCCCUAUUAUCUGCAACCCCAACAACAAUACCAAUAAUAAUAAUAACACGAAUACCCGCCGCGCCUCCGAACCACAAACACGCAUCCGCCACACCUCUAAACCCCGUUCGCAGAGCGAAAACAGCAUGCUCGCGGGCCUAGCGGAGGCGGCGCACGAGCCCGACCGGUGGACGAAUAAUAAUAAUAAUGAUAACACACACGGAGAUAUGCACUCAGCAGCACAUCGCUCACAUCCACAUCCGCAUUCAUACCAACACCAACAUACACAUCCACAUGCACAUACACAAGCGCUGUUAGAUACAGACGCAGACGACAACGACUCCACGGACCCGCUCGCGCAAGCUAUUAGGGAUACCAUGGGGAAGCAUAACCUUGCUGCUGCAGCUGCAGCGGCGCGGUCAUCGGGACAUAGGGAGAGGGAAAUGGAGAGGCAGAGAGAGAGAGAGAUAGAUCGAGAUGACGAAUGAUGGAAUCGCCCCCUCCCUUUUCUUUAUUUUUAUUUAUAUA